CUCUGCUCAGGGGUAGUCUUACCUGGCUAAGCACAGGCUCUCCCCUUGGGACUUUUUCCUGUUUUGGAAAAUGAUGACCAUCUCUUUGAUUUGGGGGCUUGCUGCGGUGUGCUGCAUAUGGGUUAUCUUUGGCAUAAGGAGAAGGAAAGCAGGUGAACCCCCUCUGGAGAAUGGGUUGAUCCCGUACCUGGGCUGUGCUCUGAAAUUUGGGUCCAAUCCUCUCGAGUUCCUGAGAGCAAAUCAAAGGAAACACGGCCAUGUUUUUACCUGCAAACUAAUGGGGAGAUAUGUUCACUUCGUCACCAACUCCUCAUCAUACCCUAAGGUGUUAAGUCAUGGGAAAUAUUUUGACUGGAAAAAAUUCCACUACAGUACUUCUGCGAAGGCAUUUGGGCACAGAAGCAUUGACCCAAGUGAUGGAAAUACCACGGAAAACAUAAACAACACUUUUGCCAAAACCCUCCAGGGCAAUGCUUUGUAUUCACUCUCUGAAGUCAUGAUGCAAAACCUUCAAUUGAUCUUGAGGCCUCCUGGCCUUGCUGAAUCAAAGAGUGCUGUCUGGGUCACCGAAGGGAUGUACGCCUUCUGCUACCGAGUGAUGUUUGAAGCCGGAUAUCUAACUCUGUUUGGCAGAGAUACUUCAAAGCCAGACGCACAAAGAGCUCUUAUUCUCAACAACCUUGACAACUUCAAGCAAUUUGACCAAGUCUUCCCCGCGCUGGUGGCAGGCCUCCCUAUUCGCUUGUUCAGGAUGGCACAUAAGGCCCGGGAAAAACUGGCUGAGGGCUUGAAGCAUAAGAACCUCUCUAAGAGGGAACAGGUCUCGGAACUGAUCAGUCUGCGCAUGUUUCUCAACGAUACUCUCUCCACCUUUGACGACAGAGAGAAGGCCAGGACGCACCUCGCUAUCCUCUGGGCAUCCCUAGCAAACACCAUUCCUGCAACCUUCUGGAGCUUGUUUCAAAUGAUCAGGAGCCCUGAAGCAUUAAAAGCAGCCUCUGAGGAAGUGAACGGAGCACUGCAGAAUGCUGGCCAAAAGUCCAGCACUGAAGGGAACGCUAUUUAUCUGGAUCAAGUACAAAUGAACGACCUACCUGUCUUAGAUAGCAUCAUCAAAGAGGCUCUGAGGCUGUCUAGUGCGUCCUUGAAUAUCCGGACUGCUAAGGAGGAUUUCACUCUACACCUCGAAGACGGUUCCUAUAACAUCCGGAAAGAUGACAUCAUAGCCCUUUACCCGCAGCUAAUGCAUUUGGAUCCUGAAAUCUACCCAGAUCCUCUGACUUUUAAAUAUGACCGAUACCUUGACGAAAACGGGAAGGCAAAGACCUCCUUCUAUAGCAAUGGGAACAAACUGAAGUGUUUCUACAUGCCAUUUGGAUCAGGAGCUACAAUAUGCCCUGGACGACUGUUUGCUGUCCAAGAAAUUAAGCAAUUUUUGAUUCUGAUGCUUUCAUGCUUUGAACUGGAACUUGUAGAGAGCCAUGUCCAGUGUCCUCCUCUAGAUCAGUCCAGGGCAGGCUUGGGAAUUCUGCCACCAUUACAUGAUAUUGAGUUUAAAUACAAACUGAAACAUCUGUGACCUGUGGUUGGAAGAAGAGGACCCUGGAUGAGGUUACGGGACUGCAGAGAGUCUCACUAAACAGGCCCUUGGGACAAAUGCUCACCGAUGCUUCCCAGCGACUGACUGUAUCUGUGAAAAGAAUUGGUACCCAGGGUACGGUUCUCUGUUCUCACUGCCUGGGUUCUGGGUGCUCAGACAGCUGAGGCCUGAGUUUCAUCACUCUCAGAAGCAAUGUCUAUUGUUUUUAUUUUCAAAAUUAAGAUAUUACAAUUGGCAGGGUUUUUUUCCUAAGGAAAUUGCAUAUUUAACAAUUUCAUAAAAUAUAUUUUUAUGAAAACUAUUGAUUAAUUCUGAAAAGGUUUCAAAUUCACGUUUUAGUGAAAUUGUUUUUUUUUUUUCACAAGUAGGUUCUUCAGGUGUGAACACAUAUUAUAAAAAGGUUUUAAGGGAUCACAGCUUACUUUGCUUAAAGGAAAAAAAAAGAUUAUUUUUCUAUGCCUAAUGGUGAGAGCUUUGACAACGAUGCUACCAUUCUGGAAACCCUGUGGGAAGUAUAACACUUUCCUGUUAUGUUUCAAGUGGUUGUUGCUGGAAAGUCUCAUUCCAGUUCAUCAACUACACAUCUCUCUUCUUUGUUCAUCAUUUACACCAAUGAGAAGAGCGGUUCUCAGAGAUUAAAAAGCACUUCCCCCAAACCCACCUCUGAUUCCUUUUUACCUCCUCAGAACCUCACCUCUGUCACCUUUAAGCCUUUAAUCCCAGCACUGGAGAGGCAGAGGCAGAUAGAUUUCUGGGGUUUUGAGGUCAGUCUAGUUCACAGAGUGAGUUCCAGGCAUGCCAGGGCUACAGAAUGAGACCUUGUCUCAGUGAUAAAUAAAUGAAUAAAUAAAUAAAGUCAAUUUUAUAUUAUAAUUGAUUAAGAAUUAAUGUAAGUGAGAAAUUUGAAAUCAACUCUAAGGAAAUGAUCAUUCAAAAUGGUCUAUUUUAGCUUAUUUAACUAAAAUGUGCAAGUUGACAUUAUAUGUUCUUUUAAAAUGUCAUGUUUUAUCUCUAAAUGCUUUGCAGAUGAAGGACAAUAAUAGUGUUUAAAUGCUGAGUGCAAUAAUGCAUUGUAAUGUUCUUUAAGAGUGUUAUUAGCUGUGUCAUUUUUACUGACAUACCUACAUAUAUUUAUAUACAAAUUAUAUUUAUCUUUUUUCUUGUACUAUAACUGUAAGAAAAUAUUGUAACAUCUAGUAAUUUAAAAACUACCCACCUUUCAGAAUUGAACAUAUGUUUUUGGUUUAAACUUUGCAAGAGAUAGUCUAAAUUAUUCAUCUACUGAUAAGUUAAAAUAUUUUUAUCUGAUUUAUUUAAAAUAUUCAUAAUUUCAAGAAACCCUAAAUUUUCAAAGUAAUCAUUCACUUAAAAGUCUCCCUAAUAUUACAGAAAAUCCAAUGAAAUGUUUUUGUGGGGGGGGGAACUGAGCCGUGGUCCAGUGGACGCUCAGCAGGUGCUCCAAUAGUGAACUGUAUCCGUAAGACUCCUACAACUUUAAAAAUCUUAUCACUAAACAUUAGCUUGGUGUUAUUACCUAAGCAGGAUAUUUUCCUUUCCUUUUACAUUUGACAGAGUCCGACAGCAAAGCAGCUGGCUGGAGUUCUCCGCAUAGCUUGAGCAGGCUUUGAUCUCAUGGAACUCUUGCCUUUCCCUUUCUAGGAAGUUAUUCUUCAUAUCAAGAAAAUUAGAUUCUUUAGAUGAGGCAUAGGAGUAAUGAAAUUGUGUUAUAUACUAAUCUGCAUCAAAUUGGAUUUCUAAUGUGUUUUUCAAGUAACUUUGGUGAGUCCUCGAAUCGAGUGCACCUUUAUACCUUCCCAUGGCUUUUUAAGAGAGUGUUUCUCAUACACAAAAUGGCGGCUGUCACAGUGAUGUUUUGGUUCCGCGUCUUUAGUCCUGUGCACUGACGGCCGACAAUUGGUAGCCGAUGAACCAAAGUUACUUUUCCUGCUUUUGUGCGGCCUAAUUGUUAAGAAUGUUUUUACAUUUUAAAUGCUUAGAAGAAAAGCAAAAGACCAUUUUGUGUCAUAUAUGAAGUAUGUAAAAUGCAGAACGGCACAUCGAUGAGUAAAGUUUUAUUGGGAUAUCAUA